AUGAGACAACAAGAUGCGUCCUCGCCGGGUAUGCAGCCCGACACCAUGGAGGAGCCGAAGGAGAUGAACAGUCCCGCCGUUGAGUCCCCCGAUGCUCCCGCGCCGCGGGCCAAUCCCGACUGCGCCGCCGUCGGUGCCGCCAAUGGCUCGAAUAGUCCCAGCAAUAGCUCCGGCGCCAAAGUUGUCAAUGCCGAUACGAAGCCUCCAGUCUUGAACGAGGGCGCUCAAUCCAGCGAUCAGCAGAGCCUGACCACCAAGAUCAUCGACUUUCUGGCCAGUGCCAGCCCGGGCACGCUCGGUGGCGUCGCGGUCGGCCUAGCUGCGACAACGUACUUCGUGCUAGGCAGGCUCGGCCUCGUUCUGAUCGGCGCCUUCGGCGGCAUCGUGUCCUUCAUCCAUUGGGAGCAGCGCAAUGUCGAAGUUGCCCGCGCCGUGCGGGGCGAGAAGGGCCUUGACUUGCUAGAGCGCUUGCUGGCAGCCAAGAAGAGCGAGCAGGAUGCCCUGCGCGGCGAAACAGGCUCUGAGGAGCAGCAGCAGGACGGCGCGCUCAUACGUUCGUUUGACGACUUACAGCCCGAGACGCGCGAAGCACUGACUGAGUUGGUCGACGCCGUUAUCGAUAACUAUGUCAAGUGGUGGUACUCGCCGAUCGUGCCGGCGGACAAGUUCUUCCCGCUGGCUUGCCGCAAGACGCUCACCUCGUUUGUUGCGAGCGUGGCCAAUUGCCUGCGCCGCAAGCGCCCCGCCGACAUGUUUCUCGACUUCGUCACAAACUCUUCCUCGCUCGUUGUCGUCUUUCUGUCCGAACUCUCCAACGCCUUUGCCGAGCUGCCCCCAGAGUCCGGCUUGACCGCCGCCGAUGCUGUCUACAACUAUCUGGCUUCACAUCCCGACUCCAGCCUUGCAACGCUUCUCAACCAAAAGCAGCAAGCGCAUAAGUUCCGUAUGGCUGCCGAAGACUUGGUGGGGUUCUUGGACCGCUCAACGUACGAGUGCGAUGCGGUUCGGAUUUUCCUCCGAGAGAUUCUAGCUGGGGUGAUUCUGGAGACGGCCUUGCAGAAGUGCUCUAAGGCAGACUGGAUCAACACUUGGAUCGUGUACUUCUUGGAAUCAGGCGAACCGGACUUCAGUCAAGCCAUUGAUCAGGGCAUGCAAACCGGCCCGGGGUCCGACAUCGUUUUCGCCGAUUUCGAUGGCAAUGUUGGCAACAUCGGCCUCACUAAGGGCAACAGGAACUCGUUCGAGCAGGAGCGGGCGCGCCGUAAGGAGUCGCUGGCGGCUCAUAAAAAGAAGCUCAGCAAGGCUGACGAGGAGAUGGAGUUGGCCAUGGAAGGGGUCAAUAAGUUAAAUGGCAUGGUUGCUCAGAAAGGCAAUGCCAGCACCGAGUCACUCCCUCUGCCCAAUGGCCAGCAGAUUGUUGGGUAUGAGAAGAAAGACGGCUCAGAAAAAGGAGAUCAGACUAAGUCGAGUGCACGGCCCCUGAGGAUGUCAGGGACCAGCAUCAAGACAACCGCCAGCGAGGGGUUGGGAAUCAAAAACAGCGAGGUGUCCGCGCCCUCUACUUACCAGUCUGAAGGCCUUACGCCCUCCAGCCAAGACUCAUUUGCGGUCAAGAACACCGGAUCGCAAUUCACCAGCUUUGACCAGAUCCUUCCUCCUGCUCGAGACGAGCCCGAGAUCGAGGAGGAUAAGAAAGAGCCACAGAAGCCGCCGCUCACCCUACAUAAUGCCAUCAUCACCGUCUUGGACGAGCCGGGAGACGGUCGGAUCCGAUCCCGGCCCACCUGGGAUUACCUUGUGCAAAUCGAGCCAGCAACAAUUCAUUAUCCUGGUUGGAUGAUCGUCCGUAAGUACAGUGACUUCGAGGCUGUCCACGAGGUGCUUCGACGCAUCGCAGCCGUAUCUGGGGCGACCGAGUUCACGGAGCAGCACAGCGCGCUACCCUCGUGGAAACAGUACACGCGGACUGCGCUGCGCGGGGAGCUGGAGCGGUAUCUUCGCGACGCCUGCAAACACCGCAGUUUGGCUGAGAGCGAGGGGCUCAAGAGAUUUCUUGAGCGCGACCAUGGGCACAUCCCAAGCGCGCCCAAAUCCGGUUUUGAGGCCGUCGAGCGCCUGGGCAAGAAUGUGCUCGGGGUUCUGGCGAGUGCCCCUCUUGAGGGUUCUAAGGCUGUGGUUGGCGGCGUGACUAGCGUUCUUGGGAACAUCGGCCUCGUGCCCAAGAAACAGCAACCCCAGCCGCAGCCAUCCCAGCAGUCUGUGCUACAGGACGUCACGGCUGCCAGCCGGCUGUCCAUCUCGUCGCUACCACGAGCGGACAGCAGCUUGUCCCUCAGCGGCCGCGGCCGUGCCCGUGAUAGUAUGGACAGCCAGCGCUCGUCCAUCGUCAACCUUCAGCCUGGUCGGAUACCUCCGAUGGAGCGGCGCGCCAGUAGUCAGCACUCGCAGGGAGAGGGAGACGCUACCGAUGCGCCACGACGGGCCCGUUCCUCCCGUGAAUACAGCCGGGGAUCGAGUCGGGCACCCAGUCGGGCCCCGAGCCGUGGCCCCGGUACGCGCUCCUCCCCUAGCCCCAUCUUCGAAGGCUUUCAACUCCCUCCGCCUCCCGACAUGAUCCCGGAUGACUACGAAAUCCCUGUCUCUCCCAGCCGCCCGCCUUUCAAUGGCGACCAACUUACCUUGCACCAUCAGCGUUCCCUGACCAUGCCAACGCUUACUAGCCAUCAGCGUCUGCACGGUCCUCCCUUGCGGGGUGUGAAGCAGCACGCGAAGCUGACCGAGCAAGAGACUCGUGUUGCGGUUGAGCUCCUUUUUGCUGUCAUCAACGAGCUCUACACUUUGUCGUCGGCAUGGAACAUCCGGCGUACGCUGCUUGCCGCCGCUAAGUCCUUCCUCUUGCGCCCCGGCAAUCCCUCCCUUCUAUCUAUCCAGAACCUGAUCCAGGAGUCUGUGCUGGACGCGAACACCAGCGACUCCGGGAUCGCGGCUCAUCUGAGGAAGUUGAGACAAAAUGCACUGCCGACGGAGGAAGAAAAGGCCGCGUGGCCGGCCGAGAUGACCGAGGAGGAAAGGGAGAAGUUGAGGGCCAAGGCGAGAAAAUUGCUCAUCGAGAGCGGCGUGCCAGCUGCGUUGAUGGGAGUUAUGGGACAAGCGGCUACUAGCGAGGCCCUAGGCCGGCUGUUCGAUUGUCUCCAGAUUGAGGAGAUCGCCAGGGGGCUCAUGUUUGGGGUUAUCAUGCAGGCAGUGAGGACAGUCACGCACUGA